CCUUCUGGCCUUGCUUGCUGAUUCGGCCACAUUACACACACUUUGUGACAUCAAGGUGAAGUGUGAGACAGCAGCCUGGCAAGACGCCCAGCUGAGUGCAGCAUAAAAGUCCAGCAUGUCUUCAGCGGAACCCAAACAGUAUGGUUUGAUAUUGCCAAGCAAGAACAAGGGCAAGGCUACUGGGCUGGGCACCAGGAAACUCAAUCCUCUACUGGACUCAGAUGAUGAGUUGGAUCAAGAUGAAGAGUCUCCCCUUAACUGGGUGGAGGCGUCCCUCAAGAAAUCUGCAGGAAAUUCUGGCCAGCAGAGCCUCCAAAAGCGGCUGCUACGUGAAGCCCUUGAGGAGGAUGAGUCUGUGUUCCAGUAUGAUGAGGUGUAUGACAGCAUGCAGGAGGCCAAGACAGCCCAGCAGGCAGUGAAGGACCCUUCCUUAAAGAAGCCUAAAUACAUCCAGAACCUCAUCAAGCAUGCAGAGAAGCGCAAGCUGGAAGGAGAACGUCGCAAUGAGAGGAAAGUGCAAAGGGAACGAGAAGCAGAAGGGGAGGAAUUUGCAGACAAGGAAUCCUUUGUCACACCUUCCUACCUCAAGAAGAUGGAGGAACUGAAGAAAGCUGAAGAAGAAGCUAAACUGCAGGAACUUAGAGAAGAGCAAGUGGAUGUUAUGAAGCAUAAGAACUUUGGUGUGUUCUACAGUCACCUGUUCAAGCAGAGGAUGGGUGAAGUUUCAGUUAAGGAGGAACCUAAGACUGAUGACAAUGAAGAAGAAAACCCUAAAGACAAAAAUGUGAGAAAGAAAGAUGAGAGCAAGAGACAGAAGCAUUACCGCACACAGCGUGACCUCAGCGAGUCUCCAGAGCGACACGAGCAGGAAAAGACCCGUGCCCCGCGUCACAGCUCCCCUAGCAGCUCAGACUCUGACACAGCAAAGAAGGUAGAGACUUACCGGGACAGGAGAGAGCAGUACAAUGCCUUAGAGAGAAGCAGAGAGAUUGAGAGAGAGAAGAAACACCAUAGGCAUCAAACCUCUGAGAAGAUUAGAGAAAGGAGAGGAAGGUCCAGGGAAAGGCAUUAUGGAAGGGAGAGAACUCCAGAGCAAGACAGGAGACACAGAGGGAAGCAUAGAUCUCGUUCUUCUGACAGAAAACAAAGACACUCCAGAUCCCGCAGUCCUGCUUCCCAGCGAGGGUCAGGGAGUGGCAGGGGGGACAGGAGGAGCCCCAGGAGGGUUGCAUCCACAUCAAAGACUGACAGCCCAAGACGACCAAUUAAGAAGGAAAGGCUUUCUUCAGACAGGGAGGAGAGUAAGGAGUCAACUGAAAAUAAAAAUGACAAGAAAACCAAGGCCAACUCCAGCGAUGGAAAAACGGCAAAUGUUGAGUGCAUGAAGAUUAAGAAGGAGAGUGAGCAGGAAGAAAAAGAGAAGAGGCAAGACAGAAUACGAAAACUCUUUACCAAGAGAACAGUUGGAGAAAAGUUUGACCAAGCGUUGGAACGAUACUACCAGAGGAAAGCUGAGCGAGAAGCCCAAGGCUAAGAAGAUACAUCCUGACUUAUGAGGGAGGAUCAAGUUUUCUGUAAACCCAUGAAGCUGCGGGGCUGCAGCCAGGAUGGCUUAACAUACACACACACACACACACUACUUAGAAAUUAACAAUUAAAUAGACAGAAUUUUUAUAAGCCCAAGUUUAUAUUUACUUCCUGAAUAUGAUCAGUCAUAUUAUAGAAACAAAAGCACACUUAGCUGUGGCAGGUGAGGUGGUUUUACUUGACCAGCCAUUAGUUGGUACACUGAGCAGCACGCCUUCCUUCAUCUCUUGCAAAAUGUUUGCAUGAUCUUGGAUCAACAUGGAGACAGUGCAGCCACAUGUGUAGCUGAAGUUAAAUGUUUUUUUUUUUUUUUUUUUUUUUUUUUUUUUUUAGUUGUUACAAGUGAAUGGAAGCAGUUGGGAAGCAAUUCGGUAAUUCCCUUUCUGAUAGUAAAAUGAAGGUUUUUCCGCAUGUGAAAGGGUAGGCUGUGCUUCAUGUGUGACAAGUGUGAUACCUCAUGGUAAAAAAAUAAUAAAUAAUAAUAAUAUUUUGAAGUAUUAGGCAAUACUGACAUCAGUCUAUGGAGGAGAGGUAUAGAUACAGAACAUAUGAGGCUAAAAAGAACAGAAAUAAGAAUUUAAGAUGCAUGAUAUGUAGUUAUAUUGCUUAAAGAACACUGGAACAGGUAAAAAAUCAUGGUGUGUGUGUGUGUAUAUAUAUAUAU